GCGCAGUACGUCAAUCCACCGACAUGGCUCUGGUUAAAACCGUCUACAAUCUGCUCUUCAGGAGAACGUCCACUUUCGCCAUAACCAUCAUGGUUGGAGCGGUCUUCUUUGAACGAGUCUUUGACCAAGGUGGCGACGCGGUUUUUGAGGAAAUGAAUCGCGGGAAACUAUGGAAACACAUCCAACACAAUUACGAGAACAAAAACGAAGAAUAGGACGUCGCGGGGUUUCCUAAGGCUGAAGUGCAACUGUUGUCACACUUCCAUAAUCCAUUCUUCCUGGACUCCGUACCGUUACCUCCAUCAAACGCCAGUCAACAUGGACAAUGUGCUUCAAGUCAACCCCAGUGGGAGCUGAUUGGCUGUCCAGACCACCGUGAAGAAAGGAGCAAUGGUUCCUGUCACCUCGUCCUCCCCUUCCUGCUGUUAUGUAUCAAGCCUUCGUUCUCCUCACAGAUUGUAAAUUGUUAAAUUAAAAUUGUUAAUGUCAUACCGAUA